UCAGGCUGCGGCUGAGCCCUGUACCUAUAGAGGCAGAGGCAUUCUAAGUCUAUCACGGACACCGGCCACCUAGUAAGACACGCCAUGUUGUGUCAGAUCUUGCUCGUCACGGGAUCGGGAUCGCGAGCAGGCAAACAGGAACGGUGCGGUUAGACGACACGUCAACGUCGACAUUGUGCUUUGACCUUGACAGUCACUUCGUCCAAUACAUCCUUUACCAUGGCAGCAAACUACUGGGACUCGACACAGGCAAAGUUCUGGACAUUCAGCAAAGCCGAAUUGGCUGAGGUCCGAAGCGAGCUGCAGAAGGCGAAUCAACCAUUGCAUGCAAAGUAUCCCGUACCAGACCGAAGACUCAUGAGCAUCUACUUCCAGCAACAGCUCACGAAGCUUGCCCGAAGAAUGAAUGUGCGCCAGCAAGCCCUCGCCACCGCACAGAUAUACGUGAAACGAUUCUACCUCCGCGUGGAGCUCAGAAAGACAAACCCAUAUCUCAUCAUGGCGACCGCAGUGUAUCUUGCUUGCAAAAUGGAAGAGUGUCCGCAGCACAUCCGUCUGAUGCUUGGCGAAGCUGCCCGGCAGUGGCCUGAGCUAGGCGUCUCAGAGAGUAGCAAGAUCGGCGAAUGCGAGUUUGCUCUCAUCUCCACCCUGUCUUCUCGCCUGAUCUGCCAUCAUCCUUACCGGACAUUGAAUGACCUGGCGCCUCAAUUCGGGCUCAGCACGGAAGAGACGCAGCUCGCUCACUCUAUAAUUAAUGAUAGCUACAAUACCGAUCUAGCCUUCCUCUACGCACCGCAUGUGCUGGCCGUUGUGGCGAUCUUCCUGGCAGUCGUGCUGAGACCAAGUGGACAGCCGGCUGGCUUGCAAGCCCAUUCGACUCAGCCCCUGCCAGCUCACCCUUCGCCUCCCUUGAUGUCCCCUAUAUCUGGUGCUCCGCCGAGCUUCUCGCCUUCCACGUCCAGCAGCGCAGCGCGUGAUGCAAUCCUCGGGGGCUUUAGCGGCUUGAAGCAGGCAGGGCCUAAGCUGUCCAAGCUUGUUGACUGGCUUGCUGAGAGUAGCAUCGACAUGCACGCCAUUGUGCAUGCGACGCAAGAACUCGUCAGCUUGUACCAGGUGUGGGAAGAGAGCUACAACGAGCGCUCUUGUAAGGAAAGCAUAACCAAGUUCCUGAAGGAUGGUGGAAUUGCUGGUGCCUCAGGUGGCAUGGCGAAAUAG